AUGGUUGUUUUUCACUUUAAACACUGAGUCUUUUUUGUUUUGUUUUGUGUUUUGUUUGUGAUAAUUAGAAUAUUAAAUUCUUGUAAGUUCGUUUAGAGGCUUGCAAAAUAUUAUCUUAUUGAGCACGUUCAAUAAAUUCAGUAGUACUCAUACACUCAAUCAAUAUCCUUUAAUUCUGACUUAUUAGAUCUCAUACAUUUCCAAGAUCGUCAAGUGAAUAUCACAAUUGUCAUGCGUAGGAUUAUUCAUUUUUCCUUACAGGUGAGUAUGGAUUUGUUAGAGGCUGUACGUGAAGCCGGUGUUGUGGUAGACAUUCUACGUGCAGAACGACAGGACGAUGCGGUGUUUGAUGCAAUUUACCAGACAGCCGUGGACAUAGCUGCUGAAUUUCAGAUUGAUGCAAGUGUACCGCGUCAAGCCGCCAGACAGCGCCAUAGAGCCAAUUAUCAGAUUGGGGAUCCAAAGGAAUACUGGCGAGUAUCUUUAUUCAACGUUUUCGUUGACCAUCUUGCCGAGGAAAUUAGUACCCGGGUGAUGAGCAAUCAUGAUCGUUUUUGUGCACAAAUGCUCAUGCCCUCAAAGAUCAGGAACCUGAAUGAUGGACAUGUAGAUUCUAUAUUCACAAGCUACAGCCAGGAUAUGAAUAUAUCGAAAGAAGUGUUUCAGGGUGAAAUUCGACGCUGGAGGGCGCGGUGGAGUCAAGAUGACGGCAGACCAAGGCCAUCAACUCUUCUGUCUCUACUUGACAGCACUCCUAAGGCCGCAUAUCCUGGUAUUCACAAAGCGUUGUCAGUAUUGCUAACAAUGCCGGCUACGUCUGCGUCCUGUGAACGCUCAUUCAGUUCUAUGCGCCGUAUCAAAUCUUACAUGAGAAGCACGAUGACGGGUGACAGAUUGUCCGAUCUCGGCAUUCUUCAUAUCCACAGAGAAAUUGAUGUUGACGUUGAUGUUGUAAUCAACAAGUUUGCUUCUGUUAAAUGCAGAAAAAUGGACCUUAUCUAAGAUGCACCGAUGACCAAUGGUAGGAUACUACGUCAUCCCGCACCUACAAAAUACUACCAAUCGAAUUGUUAUCUCGUCGACUCGAAGACAAAAUUUUGUUUAGGAGUCCGAGUGGGAGCAUUUAGAAAAAAAAACUUUAUCCGUUUUCAGGUCUAAACUAGGCAGUAACUAGGCACUUAUAUCAAUUACUUUAAAUAAAAACGCUACAUUCUUAUUAUUUUCUAACGAUUUCUUGGAAUAAAAACAUAUUUUAUCUUCGACUCGACGGGAUAUUUACACAAAAAAGCCCGAUUGAGAGCAUUUUACAGGUGCGCGCUGACGUAGCAUUCUACCAUUAAUGGCUUAUGCAUGAUUUAAUUACCAUGCUCGGUAAAGUUUGAAUACUAUCAAAUUCAUAUUUUAGAAGUAUUGUUUUGAUAAUUGUCCUUGGAAAUAGAUCUUCUUUGGAACAUACAUUUUGCUCCUUUUAAUCUCAACCUGUUUCUGGCUUCUGGGGGGCUUCGCUCCCCAGACCCCCUUACCAAGGGGCAACUGCCCCUUGGAACCCCUUUCAAGGGCCUACAAGUUGAAAAAUGCUGGCUACGCCCCUGGAAUAAUUAAAUAAA